UUGAGCACGUUCACUUUUCAGCAAGGAUACAUUGGGUUGCAUAGGAAAAGAUCGACUCUCGACGCUCUCAGUUUGCCGCAAGGGAAGAAAGUUGCACUUUUUUGGUCUCCCAAAUGCAACAGAAAGGUUUUUUUUUUAUCGCAUACAUUCAAUUAUAAAAUUUGAACCCCCUAAUGAUUUAGGAAUGGGGUUUUUUCUCUCGGAUCUUUGGUGAUUUCAACAACAGAAUUUGUCCCUCAACUAGAACCAUCUCAAAAGCAGAAUUGUAAAUCGGAUGCCACCCUCAGGUCAAGUUUCAUAUAACUGACGAGUCCACUCUGGAGCAAUGGCAAGGAUAAUGGCUGAUGUGCUUAUCCACUCGAUGAAAACUUUCAUUCUGGCUGUCGUCGUAGCUCAAAGUUGGAGAUGCACAGCCGAGUCUAGCAUUUCCCAACCAGUGGAUUUAGAAGGUCUGGCAGAAGCCCAAAGUGGAGCUGCACCCACAGCUGAAGGCUACUACUUAGAGUUUCAGGAACCAGUCAACAACAUCACCAUUGUCCAGGGUCAGACAGCCACUCUGCACUGCAAGGUGAUGGGGAACCCACGGCCCACUAUCCGCUGGCUAAAGAAUGAUGCUCCAGUGGUUCAGGAGCAGGGCAGGAUCUCCAUCAGAAAGACUGAGGCGGGCUCCAAGCUCCGGAUUCAGGACCUGGACACCACUGACACAGGGUACUACCAGUGCGUGGCAUCCAACACUGUCAAGGUGAUAUCUGCUACAGGGCUGCUCUACGUCAAGCUGGCAAUGGGGUGAAGACAGAACCAGUUGUUUGACCUGCAUUGGUCUGAAUGAUUACAUAACUGUUCAUUGUUACAUAACCGCCCUCCUGACCAUGCCCAACCAAUGAAAUAAAAAACACAGCUGUAAAUAAAAAACAUACAUUUGAAUUUCCUUGUAGAGGAUGUAACUUCUGUGUCAAGUACGCACGUUUAGCGCAGUCCAAUUAUUUUAGACUUAUUAUGUGUGCUAGCACAUUUAUCUGUUAAAACUGUUUCAGGGCCAUCUGCUUUAUGUCUUAGCACUGAAAUUAGAUUCAUCAAUGGGCCUUCCCGAGUAUAAAUCUUUCACUCCUCAGCAUUAGAAUCAGAAUUCCCUUCACCCACUGGGCUUGGGCGUUGGACAACCUCCUCUGUGUUAUUUUUCCAAGUUAGUUAAAUUAGUCAGAUGAAAAAAAGCUUGACAACACUUACAUUAAUGUUACAUUGAUUACCUUAAUACCUAUACCUAUAAUACGUAUAGCUAUACCUGUAGUAACAAUAUCAUAGUUGUUGCCUGGGAACUGCAAAAUAGUUUCUCUGCAUUACGGUUUACCGACACAAGUGGUUACACAAGUGAAACAGUAUGGGGGAGGCUGGGCAUUCAUGGGGUAAGUGUAUGUUAACAUUAAUCUUGUUUUGGGAACACAACCUUAAACUGCCCCUUUAUAGCAUUACCACUUACCCCUACAACUCCCCCCCCCCCCCCCCCCCCCCCCCCCCCCCCCCCCCCCCACUGUACCUUCUUAUACUUUUUUAAAUAACCUAUACCUUUAACACUUUAUACCAUUUAAUUGCAUACCAAUUCCUAUGCACCUACAAUGUUUUACAAAAUAUAUUUAUAUGUAGAUGUUAAUGUACACUCAAUGUUAAGUGUUGCCUCUUCUUUUUUCUGACAGUUUUAAGGCCUCUGUCAAUACAAAAGGUAUAAGAGUAUAAAGAGUAAGAGUAUGAUACCUAGUGACAAACUUAUCACUCCACCUCUUUUUUAAUCCACAGGGCAGUCACCUACACAUGGCCCCGAUGAUGGAACAUACGAGAAGGGCUUUUGCCAGCCGUACCGGGGUAUUGCCUGUGCCCGCUUCAUUGGCAACCGCAGUAUCUACGUUGAGUCUCUGCAGAUGCAAGGGGAAAGCGAGAACCGAAUCACAGCUGCCUUCACCAUGAUUGGCACCUCCACUCAGCUCUCAGACCAGUGCUCCAAGUUUGCCAUACCCUCCUUUUGCCACUUUGUGUUCCCACUGUGCGAUGAUGGGGCACGGGUCCCACGGCGGCGUCAGUUGUGUCGGGAUGAGUGCGAGGCUCUGGAGAGCGACCUCUGCCUGGCCGAGUACACCAUCGCCCGUUCUAACCCCCUCAUCCUCAUGCAGCUGGAGCUCCCCAGCUGCCACCUACUACCACACCCGGGCUCACCUGAUGCCGCCUCAUGCAUGAGGAUUGGAGUGCCUCUAGACAAGUUGAGCACAUAUUCUCCCUCAGAUCACAGCUGUUACAAUGGGAGCGGUGCUGAUUACAAGGGCACGGUUAGCGUCACCAAGUCAGGCUACCCGUGCCAGCCCUGGAGUGUCCAGUACCCCCACAGCCACCACUUGUCUCCCAUAGAAUACCCUGAGCUGCGUGGUGGACACAACUUUUGCCGUAACCCAGGGGGUCAGAUGGAGGGCCCCUGGUGCUUCACAUUGGACUCAGAUGUCAGGGUUGACAUGUGUGACAUCCAGCCCUGCAGGCCACCAGAGAACCUCAAAAAGGAGAUUCUUUACAUCCUGAUCCCCAGCAUUGCCAUCCCAUUUGUCAUUGCCUGCCUCUUCUUUCUGGUCUGCAUGUGUCGCAACAAGCAGAAGGACUCCACAGACACACCCCCUCGCCGCCAACUUACAGCCUCCCCCAGUCAGGAAAUGGAGCUGCCACUGCUCAACCAGCACAAACACCAGGCCAAGCUGAGAGAGAUCAACCUGUCGGCAGUGCGUUUUAUGGAGGAACUGGGUGAGGACCGUUUUGGAAAGGUCUACAAGGGCCAUCUGUAUGGCACAGCGCCUGGUGAACAGACCCAGGUAGUAGCAAUCAAGACUGUGAAGGACAAGGACGACGGCACGCUCCGUGAGGAGUUUCGCCAUGAGGCCAUGCUCCGUUCCCGCCUCCAGCAUCCCAACAUUGUCUGCCUGCUGGGCGUGGUCACCAAGGAGCAGCCAAUCAGUAUGAUCUUCAGCUACUCUGGCCUUGGUGACCUUCACGAGUUCCUGGUCAUGCGUUCACCGCACUCAGACGUCGGGAGCUCAGAUGACGACAAGACGGUGAAAUCCACCUUGGAGCAGGCUGAUUUCCUACAUGUUGUCACACAGGUGGCCGCUGGUAUGGAGUACCUGUCUAGUCACCACGUGGUCCACAAAGAUCUUGCCAUAAGAAACAUAUUGGUCUGCGACAAGCUCAACAUCAAAAUCCUGGACCUGGGUCUGUUCAGGGAUGUCUACUCUGCCGACUACUAUAAGCUCAUGGGUGCCAGUCCCUUUCCCAUUCGUUGGAUGUCUCCAGAAGCCAUUAUGUAUGGCAAAUUCUCCACCGACUCAGACAUCUGGUCAUAUGGGGUGGUUCUGUGGGAGAUUUUCAGUUAUGGCCUACAGCCUUACUGUGGCUACUCCAACCAGGACGUUAUUGAGAUGGUGCGCAGCCGGCAAGUGCUGGCCUGCCCAGACGACUGUCCAGCUUGGAUCUACACGGUCAUGCUGGAGUGCUGGAGCGAGUUUCCAGCUAGACGGCCUCGCUUCAAGGACAUCCACAACCGCCUGCGAACCUGGGAGAGCCUUUCCAACUAUAACAGUACGGCACAGACCUCCGGGACCAGCAACACUACUCAGACCAGUUCCCUGAGCACUAGCCCCGUCAGCAACAUCAGCAUAAGUGCCGCCAACGCUGCACGCUACUCCAGCCCAAAGAAAAGCUCACCUUUCCCCCAGCCCCAAUUUAUGCCCAUAAAGGGACAGAUGCACCGACCCAUGGUACCCCAGCAGCUGUACAUCCCAGUCAAUGGGUACCAGCCUAUGCCUGCAUAUCCCUACCUACAGAACUUCUACCCCAUGCAGAUCCCCAUUCAAAUGGCUCACCAGCAAAUGCACCACCCACUCCAGAUGGUGCCCAAACCUGGGUCGCACCAUAGUGGCAGUGGCUCCACCUCCACGGGCUACGUUACAACUGCACCGUCCAACGGAUCGGGUACGGAAAGAGCUGCCCUGCUCAAUGAGGACCCCAAGGUUAAUGAGGAGGACAUGGCUGACGGGGCAUCUCAGAAAGGUCUGGGACAAAAUGAAGACUUGUCAAUCCCUGAAACAGAUUUGUUGAGCAACAAUGAUGCUUCUCGUACUGAUGAUAUGGACAUGCACUCAGAGACAUAGAUCUGGAGGACUGGAACAAAAUACAACUGAAAUGCUUACUUUGAGUUGAGACCUUUAGUUGGAGGGCCAUCAAUUAACAAGUGAAGGGAAAGCAUUGUGAAAGCAGUGACUGAAUGUAAUUUAUGUACUUUGAUGGCGAUUGUUGCAUCAGAAUGCAAGCAGCAGAAUAUCCUGUUUCUCUCCUAGAGCUAUGUGUCUCAACCUUAAAAGUUGCUCAUCCAUAAAGGGGCAUUUUUAUUGAUAUACGAUUGUGCAUUACCGAAACGGACAGUGUUUUCAAUUAAUUUAGUUGCAAAGCCCUUCAGAAGAAUUUAUGUUCUUACUGUUGCUGUGCAACAUAAAGCAUCUUCCAACAGACAAGGCUCCCUGAAAAAGCCUUUUUUGAUACCAUCUUUGACAUUUUCUAAAAUUACAGAGACUAAAUCUGGUUUUAUGCAACUUUACUGCGUGUUGUCUGUUUGGUCACAAACAGAAGGCGUUUGAGACAAGACAUGGCAGAAUUUAUGAUGAUUGGAUAGAAAAAACUCGUAUAAGACGUGAUUUACGUUUUUUUUUUUAUUUCUUUAAUUAUUUUUUUACUUAAGGGUUAAAUAUUGCUUACUGAACAUGGAUGUGUUACUUCACAACAUAUGCCUGCUUGUGAAACAGAAAUAAAAUGUAAUAGUCUUAUGUUUAAAUUUCCCUUUACUGCUCAUCUUCAACUUUGAUAUCCUGUUGUACAGAUUUGUAAUUUAUAUAAGUAAUUAGGAAAACUUUUAAAUCAGUUUUUACUUUUCCUUGGUGGUAAAUAUUGUUUAACAUGAUUUUCUUUUUUUUAUUGUCCCUGCCAUCAGAUAAUUUGCUUAUCACUAAGAUAUUAUAACAGAUGUUAACCAUAUUGUGUACCACCAGCCACAGAGCAUCAAAUAAAGUGAUACAUUAUCGAG